UUCCCUCUGCAUGUCUACGGUGUUUAGCAUUAGGCAAUUUGUAAAUAAUCAUCCAAAAACCCUCUUUCGAUCUGAUCAAAACCCUCUCCAGCCCAGCGCAGAGCGAAUGCUACGAAAGCAAUUCUGAUGGAAUACGCAAAAUCUGCGAUGGGAAAAUAAUGUAACGGGGUGUUGUUCGUACACGCCCAGUCAAAUGCGUACUUUAUCGACUUUCUUCCUCCCGAAAUCUUACCCACUUCUGUCACUGUCGAUCAUGCCGAUCGGAGAAGUCAAGGAGGAGGACGAUUGAGUGUGAUUGGGUCAAACAACUCUCUGGCGCAACCCCACCUGCCACUACUGCCGAAGUAAGCCGCGCAUGCUGCAUCUGACAGCUGUCAUCUAUCGCGUAAGAUAGUAUACACACCGACGACUGAACACGUGAUCGAUCGAUCGUUGCUCAAAUUGACUGAUCACCACCAAUAACACUCAACACUGAACUUAGUAAAAACCCGGUUCUUACCAAAACACUGCCAGCGAUAAUCUCCCGAAUCUGAGGUACUACCCCCUCAACAUCAUCUCAGUGAACACUGCACAAAGCUACGCACAGCUGUACUGUCAUAGUCCACCUAGGGCGAGGAAGAGGAGGCACAGAAUUUGAAGCAAUCGAGCAAUGGAGUAGAAGCAUAGUAGGCAUAGUUUUCAGUCAUAGCAGGUACUCAUCUUAGCAACGUAUGUACUAUUGUUCACUUAAUCUUCUUGUAAAUAUGAGACUACUCGCUAAAAAAAAAGGGAAAACUAAACGAUUAUUCAUUGCCAAACGGCAGAGCAUUCUUGGACAUUUAGGCCCCAUUUUCUUUUGCUCCCAUUAGUGUGUAAAAUGCUACUUGGUUUAAGUUUUAACGCGCAAUCAAAAGGAAAGCAGAGCAGCCUCAGCUACAUACAUAUGUCACGUGUGUAGUAAACGACCACGUGGUGUACUAAUAUUCGGAAAUUAGUGAAUCCUGAAUGAACUUUCCCUGUGCUUUGGAGUUCUUUACUGAAAUUCGGUACUCUGUACAUCUAUUUGCUGGAGCAUACAUAAGUGCAGAAGCAUGCACAAGUCAAAAUUAAGCGCAAUAUUAUAAGAUGAUAGGCGAGAAUUACUUCCAAAAGUUCUAACGGAAUGGAUGAAAACGGUCACAAGGAAUGACCAAAAAAUUAUGUAAACUAACUGAUGCACGCCAACAAAUGAUGAUAUAAUACUCAAUACUCGAACACGCUCUAACGUACGAUUCUGACCCCACACCUUUGCCUUGUGAAGUGAGCUAUCUAAACUGUUCCUUCCAGGCUGCUGGGAGGUGGAUGAAGUUGUUUAGAUGAUCCUAAGCGAUGCGCAUAUAGCAUGACAGGAUAGUAGAGCCUUCCACAAUAAUGAUAACGUGGCAACAUUUCUUUUAACAGCUAGCUAUAGUGAAGGCACAUACGAGCACUGCAAUCUAUAAACAACCGAACUCCAAUACACUGUACAUUGUCUACUAAUGGAACGUACAUGGGCGAGCGAAUAAUUAAGCAUGCAAUCGUUAAUGACAAUUGAAAAGGGUUCGUGUCGUUGAAUCACGGGCCGACAGGUUCGGAAGAACUUGCACUUUGCAACACUUCUUCUGAGCUUCAAACCUUACUUAUAUGAAAUGACUAGUAUAACGUUAGUACUAUCUAUAUAGUGACACGAAGUAAGAAAUGGAAAGUCUUCUUAUCAAUAGAGCUACUACUAUCGUGCACUGAAACCACAAUGCUGGAGCACUUGUUCGGAGCAACUUUCCAACAUUCCAGUAGGAUUUUGCUUCUCCUACAAGAAUGAUAAUAAUGUAGACGAUAGAUGUAACACGUAUAAUUUUGUGAACAUUUAUGCGUGCAUACCUCUAGCUCGUAUAGAAUUGGAACAGAAGUCUAAUCUUUUAACUGAUAAGCAUACACGCGUUAGAAAUCAACACACGUACACGUACACCUGGUGAGAGGGUUCGGUAAGCAAACCAAACGUUUGAAAAAUAAAAACUUCCAACGAACUUUGGAACUCCGGAAAGCAACACGAGUAGAAGUUUUGCUUGAGGAGGAGUACUUUGCUAGCAGUAGUUACAAUCGUAUUCCAAAAUAUUUUAAAACCAACCAUAUUUGAGCAUUGGACAAACGGGAAAGACGACGUUGGAACGUUUAGAAGCUAAGUUUCCCCCACAUCCAUCAACUAGAGCGGCAACUGAUGAUUGGAUAGUUUAUAACACGCACAGCCAGACGGUUAGGGAAGGUCCUUAGCAUGAAAUAAGCGAAUAUUAGUUUCUUCUUCGUCUCGUCUAAAUGUUCUGGAUUUUUUGAAAUAAAAUACUCUUCUUGUAAUCGCUACUAUUCUUGGUUCUUUGAUUAUGAUUAUGCUUAAAAUGAAAGAAAAAAAAUCCACGAACGUUGUUAGUUGAGUCCGGAAAAUUUUCAGUUUUUACGAUUUUUGAAUGGUUUUAUUUAUGAAUUAUUGUCAAUCUUUGAAUUGUUUACUUUCUGAAACUUUGUUGGGCAUUUUAAGGGCUUUAGUGCACUUCGAAUGAAUUUAUAAUAAUUAUGAGAAUUAUUAUCCGCUAUCAUUUUAAUUUCGUUUGAUAGCCUUCUGACGAACUUCCGGAGCAAUGCGGAUACGUUGGAGAUGUGAAGGACGCUCGAUUUUUCCUUGUAUUUAAUGCCUUUUUGUGAUUUGAAUUGAAUACACUACAAUUUUAGGCAUAAUUUGUUUUUUUACGGUUAGAAUAUCGAUCUAUUCAUAUGCUGCUAUAAAAAAACGUUUUCUUUCAAACUUGCUAUAAAAUGAAAUCCAAUAUGGCGUCUUUCGCGUAUGAGCUAACCUUGUGAUUUAAAGUUAGCACUUGCUUGUAAACAACAGGAAACAAACAUACCGGUCGAAAUAGGAGAACAAAUUUCCGCAGCUGAAGCAAGUUGAAAUUGCUGCUCACUUCUCCACAGUCAGUCAGUCAUUCCACAGACAUCGAAUCGCUAUCGCGGGACAAUGGAGUAUUGUCUAUUAGAUAUUGGCGUAAGAAAAAAUACCCUGUUGAACGAAAACAUUCCAACCACAGCACCAUUGAACAGCAGCAGUGAACCCUCGACAUCCACAAGUCCGCCAGUGGCGCCGCAUUUCAAGCAUGAAUGCCAAGUGUACAAUCAACUAGACCCGGAACUGAACCUGAAAUCCAUCCUGCGUGAUAUCCGUCGCGUACCGGAAUAUGAGCUGCGCGAAAGAACUGAUGCAUACGAUUGCACCACCGUCAUUCUCGGCAUUUUUCUGCGCAUUCUAGAUCCAAAUGAUCCCAUCGACUACAGCUGCACGAAACAAAGGCAGCGAAUGAUUCAUCUCCUUUUCGAAGACAUUGAAAGACAGUGCUUUGUCGAGGAGGAGCUUCAAAAAACAUCUGCCACACCCGGCCCAGACAGUAAAGCUAUCUCGGUGCAACAGUUUUAUGAUCAAUUACGAUUACACCAUCAAGCCCGACCGAUAGAACAUCAUGGGUUGGACACUGUGCAACAUCCGUACCUGCGUCCACUGUUGCGUACGUACCAACAGCAAGCCAUCCGUUGGAUGUUUCAUCGAGAGACUGUGCCACAAACACUGCCAGCCCAGUACGUUCGUCUACGGAACCGUUCCCUAGGUGAGGUGAACUUUUUUAUGAAUCUGUACGAUUACACGAUAAGCGACGAGAAGCCAAAACCAACGCCUCUGCCCGCCGGUGGCAUCCUUGCCGAUGAGAUGGGAAUGGGAAAAACGGUCGAGAUACUUGGAUUGAUAUUGCUCAACAAAAAACAGAACGAUACCAGCAAGGUAAAACAAAGACGAUCGGAAUCGUCGGAUGAUUCGAUGACGGACGAUGACGAAUCCGCCGAACUGAAGUGCCUUUGCAUUAGAACGAAUCGUUCGAAAACUAUCACUUGUCGAAAGUGUGGCCGUUUGCAGCAUCGCAAGUGUGUUCUCAAACAUCACCCACCGGAACGAAGCAAAGCGACCCGCUACAUUUGCCCGGAUUGUUGGCGCACGGAACCACUGGUCGAAUCCGGCGCGACCAUAAUCGUAUCGCCGGCCUCCAUCAAGCAUCAGUGGGAAAGCGAAAUUCGGAAGCACGUAUGUGAUCCAAACAUUCGAGUGUUUGUGUACAACGGUGUAACGGACACGUUGGGCAAGUGGAUUAGCCCGGCCGAUCUCGCCUCGUACGAUGUGGUGCUGACGGAUUACAACGUGCUGAAGCCGGAGAUUUAUCUGAUUGCGGAAAAUGCACGGACCUCGCGUCACGAGAAGCGCUUCCUGGUUCCGCCCACACCGCUCACGAUGAUCCGUUGGUGGCGCGUGUGUCUGGACGAGGCGCAGAUGGUCGAGGGACUGAACAACAGUGCGACGAAGAUGGUGAAAGCCUUGCCGGCAGUGCACCGCUGGACGGUGACGGGCACACCGAUCGAAAAGACGAUCAACAAUCUGCACGGUUUGGUGCAUUACCUCGAUUACGAUCCGUACAGCAACUUCCCGGUGUGGUCACAUUACGCUGCACGGUUUCAGAGCGGCAAUGCCGAACCACUGCUCACGAUGAUGGUGCGCGUAAUGUGGCGCACGUGCAAGCAUGCGGUUCUCGAUCAGCUGGACAUUCCUCCGCAGACGGAACGCAUCCACUACAUUUGGAUGUCGGAUCUGCAAACCUACUUCUACCGCAGCGAACACGUGCAGUGUGCGCAAGCGUUCCGUGAGAAGGCACGCAAAAUCGGGCCCUCGCUUAGGAUGGCGCAGAUGAGCAUACAGACCUUGAAUUUACUGCUGGAACCGCUGCGGAAGCUUCGACUGGACUGUACCAUACCGUCCAUUUUGUACGUUGGCACCACACUCCAAGCGAAGAAGUUCCUGACACCUGCCGAACUGCACGAGCAUCUCGUCACAACCAACGUGAAUGAUUGCAAAGGGCAACUCCGGUCGAUCGUUUCCUCGCUGAACGGUAUGGCGGCGGUACACAUCCUCCAGCAGCGUUACAGUCAAGCUUUCCGACUGUACCAGGCGAGUUUGCGCUGGGCAGACGACUACCAGGGCACAAUCAGCGUCGACACACUGCUCCAGAUACACGCCAUACACAACCUUCUCGAUCUGUUGCGUACAUUCGAGCAGGAGCUCGAUUCAGGCCUCAAACCGACGGCAGAACAAAUCCAAGCGUACCAAGAACGAUGUGCUCGGCUCGAGUGGCGCUACAUUGAACAGUACGCCGGCAAGGUACGCUCGAUCGAGAACUCGCUGCUGCCCGCGAUUGAAAAGGUAAAUGAGCUCAUUGCACCCCAAAACCAGCAACCCUUGGUACGGCUCAAUGGAGGCUGGUGGCACGAUCUGUUGGUUGGCUUCGAAAAAGAAGAACAGCGCCACAAUGCGUUCCAGUAUCGGUUGUUCCGUGAGCAGAAUCUGCUAGCGAACACGGGCGUAAGUUCGUGGCGCUCGAUGGAUCUUUGGCUAACGAUCUGGUUGGACAAGGUUGUGGAAAGGCACCGCCAGCUCAAGGAAGGUUUCCAAUCGCUCGCUUUUUUCGUGGACAAUCUCCAACCGAAUCAUCUCUGGCCGGAGGAAACGCGCAAAAACAUUGAGCAGCUGGUACGGACCGCCUUUGCCUGUCACCUUGAUCCGACCCUGUACCAGGAGGAUGAGAAUGGAAUGCGAACGGAGGAACGUCUAGUGGCGGAGGGCCAAUCGGCUGCACCCUUGUGUUUGCUGUGCAACGUAAAGGACACCGUGAAUCAACUGGAAGCGGUGCUAUUUCUUAUCAAACAAACUCAAGUUGCAACCGGAGGUCUUUGGCAGGUGUCGCCGCAGGAACAAGUGUUGAAACAGCUGCAUACGUACGCCAAACGGCAGGAAGCGCUUGAUCAGACGAUCGUUACGGAGGGUGAUCAUUUCCUGUCAUUUAUUGAGCGCAUUAAGCUCGAGUUUAAGGAGUACUCGCAGUACUGGGUGGAAAUCAACUACACCGUAGCUGCGUACGAUGAACUGACCAUGUGCAAAUCACGCCUGCAGCUACUGACGGAAGCCGAACACCGGGAAAUGGAGAGUACGAAGAAGAAACCCACCCUUUUGCAGCUGCUCGCCUGCGAGCUACCGGAGACGAUGGCCGAAUUAGAGCUGGCGAAGGCAACCGCCGAGCGUGAGUUCGUAAGGCUGAAGGGUACGCUCAAAUAUCUGGAACAUCUUGGUGCGAGGAAAGAUAUCGAUCUGUGCCCAAUCUGCCAAAUCGUUCCGGAGGGCAAGUAUGCCGUGCUACAGUGUGGUCACCAUCUCUGCAGUGUGUGUUCGCUGAAGCUGAUAAAGUUUUCCAGAUCGAGCGGCAACAAAAUCACGUGUGUCAUAUGUCGACACGAGCAACUGGUGAAGGACAUGCAGUAUGUUACGCUGGAACAAAAUACCAACGCACAAUCCGUGCGCGGAUGUUACUCGAACAAAAUCCUCAAAAUCGUCGAAACGGUGCUCGAACUGAUGAAGGCCGAACCGGACGUAAAGAUCGUGAUAUUCUCGCACUGGGAACUGAUCCUUGCCGAGCUCGCCGUAGCGUUGCAGGAAAACGAAAUCAAGUAUCGCAAAAAGUCGGCCAAGUUCUACAAAAGUGUGGCAGAAUUCAAGGACUACGCACUGGGCAUCACGUGUCUGUUGCUUCCACUGCAGUACGGUUCGAAGGGAUUGAAUUUAACUGAGGCGACGCACGUGUUUCUGGUCGAACCGAUUUUAAAUCCGGGCGAGGAAAUGCAAGCGAUCGGACGUGUGCAUCGUAUCGGACAGACACGGCCAACGUUUGUGCAUCGGUUCAUCAUGCUCGAAACGAUUGAAGCGACGAUUCACGAUACCAUUCAGGGCGAUCGCAGCGGACGAUGGUUAUCGAAGGAUGUGACGGUGGAGCAGCUGGAGCAGCUAUUUUGGCUCGACGACGCAAACAGUGAUAUGAUCGUACUCUAGAAAAGUGUACAUUUGGCUCUGUCUGCAGAGUUACGUUACCAUACACAAUAAAACACGAUCGACACAA